AUGUCAUUGUUAUUGGGAACCUGGGGAGACCGCAGCGGCUAUAUCCUCCUUUCUCUGUUCGCUGUCCUCGUCAUCUCACGCAUCCUGAAAUUUUAUAAUGGUCUUCAGGUAGUUAAUGUUUCAGGUUAUCGGCCACUUUUCGGCCCUUUAGGGUUCCCUGGGGUUCUCCUACCAACUAGGUGGUGGAAUGUGGGGCUUGACGUUCAUUACCGGAGGCGCCAUGAUAUGUAUAAGGAAAGCGAUUACAUUUCAAUCGUUCCAUUUAUCAGCGGAAAACCCCAAAUCUGGACCAACAAUCUUGACGUUGCCAGGCAGAUUGAAGGAGGGGGGUUGAAAGGAGUGUUUCACAAACCGUUGGAGUCCAGUGCGGCGCUGAGGCUUUGGGGCACGAAUCUUGCUGCAGCCAAUGGUGAACAAUGGAGAAGGCAUCGUCGCGUCAUGGGUCCUGCGUUUAACCAAAAAUUGUAUCGCAUUGUGUGGAAGAAAACCCAAGAAAUUUACAGAGAAAUGGUAAUGACACCAGAAUGGACCAACGAAGUUGUUCCCAUUCGGCCAGUUCAGUCCAUAACAUUCAAGCUAGCCCUUAUCAUUCUCGGGUCGUGUGGUUUCGGACUCCCUGGUACCUGGUCUGAACCUCCGAGGACACAGAGUAACGACAAGGCUAUGACAGUCCAGGGCGCCCUCCGAAUUGUGGCAGACACGGUUCAACUCACACUCUUUGCUCCAGGAUGGCUGAAGGCGUUGCCUAUCAAAAGUUUCAAGGACUCACAGAAUGCGUACCGUCAAUUGAAUGAUUUUAUGCAGGAUCAAAUCAACCUUCGGAAAGGCUUCAUCAAUGGGCAAAUUGCACCUGAAGUGGAAGGCUCUGACGAGGGUGUGGACAAGAACAAUCUACUAAAUUUGCUUAUUCAAGCGAGCGAAGAUGAAGAAGGGAAGUAUCAAUUGAAGGACGAAGAAUUGAUUGGCAACGUUUUCUUGCUUCUGCUGGCCGGACAUGAAACCACAGCCAAUGCAUUAGCAGGGACUUUCGGUUUCCUAGCUGCCGACGGAAAAAUCCAACAAGAAGUUUACGAGAGUAUCAUUGAAGUACUUGGCCCAGAACGAGAUCCUGAUUUCGAGGAUUACAGUAAGCUCAACAAAGUCAUGGCCUCCUUUAUCGAGACGGUGAGGUUGAUUCCUGGCGGUCAUGUUCUUAUUCGGGAAGCAGGAGAAGAUACAAUCAUCGAUAUACCUGCCGAUCCCAAGUCCGGCAAGCCGAAACGAUCGCUGCCAUUGCGGAAGGGGGUUCAGGUUGUCGUUGAUAUGAUUGGUCUCCAUCGCAACCCUCGAUAUUUCGACGAUCCGGAGGAGUAUAGGCCCUCGAGGUGGUUCCAUUUACCGAACGAUUCGGAGCUUUUCACUGGAUUCAGUGUUGGUCCACGUGCAUGCAUUGGAAGAAAGUUCGCCUCUCUGGAAGCUGUUUGUUGGCUAUCGAUGGUCUUGCGCGACUGGGAAGUACAACCACUUCUCACAGAAGGGGAAACUAUCCAAGAAUGGAAGGAGAGAACAUUAGUUCCCAACUUCUCGUUGACUCUCGGUGUAUGUGACGUCCCGGUGAGGUUUGUAAAGAGACCGAAGGCCACGGUAUAA